CUCGCGCGUAAUUCGUCUUAUCCGCGCUUUCAUUGUUCGCGGGAAACUACUCACUUGUGAAUAAAACUCAGGAGAAGCGAUGACUCUCUUUCACCAUGUUAUUGAUCGAGGAGUUUCAAAAAGAAAAUGUAAUGAUCAUCGUCGGCCGUUUCCUCUGUCUUCUCUGCUGGACGGAUAUCAGUGCACUCGACCCGAUGAACAUGUGUCAUAUGGAGUCUCAGCUGCUCCUGUGCCGCCGUUUGGAUGCACAUUUUGCUCUGCCCCCGGCCAGCAGAGCUACCUAGCUGUUGCAAAUGAAGAAGGACUUGUGUCUAUCUUUAAUACUGGAGAAAAACAGAGCUCUAUACUGAAAGAGUGGCAGGCACAUGAUAAUGCAGUUUUCGACAUUGCUUGGGUUCCUGGUGUGAGCAGCUUGGUGACAGCCUCUGGUGACCAGACCGCCCGUCUGUGGGAUGUGCCCACUGGUGACCUGCUGGGAACAUUUAAAGGUCAUCAGUGCAGUCUUAAAUCAGUGGCUUUCUCGAAGCAAGAUCGAGCUGUAUUUAGUACUGGAGGCAGAGAUGGGAACAUAAUGCUCUGGGAUAUAAGAUGCAGCAAAAAAGAUGGUUUCUACAGGCAGGUAAAACAGAUCAGUGGUGCUCAUAUGAAACCCGAAAGGCACAUGCCUCAAGCUAAGAAGAGAAGAGGAAUGGCGCCCCCUGUGGACUCCCAGCAGGGUGUGACAGUGGUUCUGUUCUGUGACGAGAACAAGCUCAUCUCUUCAGGAGCAGUAGAUGGGACCAUUAAAAUGUGGGAUUUGCGGAAGAACUACACUGCAUACUACCAGAACCCUCUCCCUCUACAGGCUUAUCCUUACCCGGGCUCCUGCACACGCAAACUAGGUUAUUCUGGUCUUUCACUUGACUCUACUGGUUCCAGGCUGUUCUCCAGCUGCACAGAUGACAACAUCUACAUGUUCAACAUCAGUGGUUUGAAAACUACUCCAGUUGCUGUUUUUAGUGGUCACAGUAACUCCUCAUUUUAUGUAAAGUCCAGUGUCAGUCCAGAUGACCAGUUCCUGGCUAGUGGCUCAAGUGACCAUAAUGCUUUCAUAUGGAAGAUUUCAAACCCAAAACAAGCUCCUAUUGUGCUUCAGGGUCAUAGCCAGGAAGUCACUUCAGUGGCCUGGUGCCCAACCGAUUUCACCAAGAUUGCUUCCUGCUCUGAUGACAACACUGUUAGGAUCUGGCGCCUGAACCGCAGACCAGAAGGAGAAAACUCUGCAAACAGAGAGGCCAAUAUUGUAGGCUGGACGCUUCGUAAAAUCCAAUCACCAUCCAGAACACCUGACCCUCUCAGCCCUGUUCCUCACACUCCCGCCAAAAGUCCCAGGUCAGAGAGGGCUGUCUCUCUGGCUUCACCCCAGCCUGCUGCUUGUGCCCCUACCGGUGCUGAUUUACCCCUCCCAUCCAACACAUCUGCACCUGUGGCCAAACUAAGCAGCCCCAAAGUCCCUUCAUCUAUCCAGCAGUGGAUCAGCCACAGUUGUACUCCAUGUAACCAGUGCACAUCUCCACUUCGUAAGGUGCUCAAUCCUGUUCUCCAGGGUCUUUCCUCUGAACAGCGUGCCAAGCGACGCCUGGAAACGGGUGAUGCUGCUGGAUCUGGUUUGGGUGAGGAGAAUGGAGUAUCUGAAUUGUAUCCUGAUAUGAAGAGGAGGAGGAGUUCGGGGAGCUCACAGAAUUGUCCUGAAGAAAACGGAGACUUAUUCAGUUUGGAAACUGAGGAGAGGCUCUAUUCAACAGUUGAAGCUGGUAAAGAGAACCACUCCCCAAGAAGGACUGAUUGGUUGUCUGUGAUCAGCCAGAGAUUUAAAGGAUCGGCUCAACCCAAAUGUGCCAGCAGUAGCAAACGACUGGAUGCUAGAAUACACCGCUCCCCUGCAGCAGUCUCUCCACGUGCCACGAGUGCUGUUUCCCCUCCACCAGCCCAGAAAGCAUCACCUUUCAGACCUGUGAAAAAAAUCUCUAGCUACUUUAUGAAAAGACCUCAAGACUGAUCAUUAUUCGUUGAGAAGUGUCUGUUUUAUGAUAAUCUAUUGUUUAAAUUCUGCUCCAUGUUUCUUUUAAAUAUGCAGAUGCAGCCUGUAUUUAUGUAUGUGAUGUUUAUAUUGCUAUCUUUUGGUAGGUUUAAUAUUUAUAUAUAUAUAUAUAUAUAGAGGGGUAAAAGUGAAGGACAAUGUGAACAUUUAGAUAACUCUAGUUAUUUGACACUGCAAUUAAACUCCCCAAAAUCAUACAUGCCUAUCUGUAUUGUUUUAAUAUUUAGUGUACUUUCUCCUAGACCUUUACACCAUUUAACUUGCAUUUUAAAGUAUUUGCAUCAAUAAUGUAAAGGUCGUCCCACAACAUAGUGUUUGUACAUUCUACCUGACUUUUUUAUUUUGAUGAUUCAAAUUUGAAAUGCCCUUUAUUUGAGCUUAUCUAUCCAUAAACGUGAGUGACAUGCUUUUCAGACUAUAUUGAUAGUAAUGCAGCACUUUACAUAACUAAUCAAUAUACAGUUAGCUCAGUGCUUUUAAUCUAUUGAGUGUUUAUAAUGCAGUAAGUUCCUAAAUGAUUUAAAUAAUAAGCUUAUUGUUAACUAUACUUGUUAUACUUCAGCGAUACCAUUGGACGUUUCGAUCUGUUGCUGUGAGCAGACUGUAUGUGUGGUACCAUAAAAGAUGCUUUAAAAAAAUAAAUUUAAAAAAAGGUUAGCAUGACUUGCAGAUUUGUCUGGAAUCUGACCUGACCUGAUAGUUCUGCUUCUAUAUUUAGGUCCUGCUUGUUUUAUUUCUUCUGUUCUAGCAUUUUAUGUGACCUGUUGGAGCGAAUGACUUGGCUAGUCAAAACAAUUCCACUUUGGAAAUUUCAGUUUUGAUUGUAACCUGUUUUUUUUAAUUAUUUUACUUUAUUAAAAGAUGCCAUUUAAAGUUAUGCUGUAGACUUUAAGCGCUCCUUUUACUAUGCUACUUGAUUGUUUUUGUGUCUGUUCUCACUGAUAGUUCUAAAACAUGUACAUUUUCUUGCAUAUUUAUACUUUUGUAUUUUAUUUAACGUUUGUAGAUAUUUAUGGACUCUUUUGUGCGAGUUUAAGAAUGCAGUUGUAAACUAUUUGGCUUCUGUUCUGUGUGUGUUUCCCGAAAAAUCCAA